AUGAAGCUGGUAAUUCUUCUAAUCACCAUAGCUGUUGCAGCUGCUAAUUAUGGAAAAUUGGGUGGAGGAUGGUAUGGUGGCUAUGGCGGUGGAUACGGUGGAAUGGGCGGUGGAUACGGAGGGAUGGGUGGACACGGAGGAAUGGGCGGCGGAUACGGGGGAAUGGGAUAUGGUGGAUAUAGACGAAUGAUGUAUGGAGGCAUGAGAUAUGGAUCCAGCGGAAUGGGAUACGGAGGAAUGGGUGGAUACGGAGGAAUGGGUAGAUAUGGUGGAAUGGGCGGAUAUGGUGGAAUGGGUGGUUACGGAAGAAUGAUGGGUGGAUACGGAGGAAUGAUGGGCGGAUACGGUGGAAUGGGCGGAUACGGAGGAAUGGGUGGAUACGGUGGAAUGGGCGGAUACGAUGGAAAAGGCGGAUACGGAGGAAUGGGUGGAUACGGAGGAAUGAUGGGCGGAUACGGUGGAAUGGGCGGAUACGGAGGAAUGGGUGGAUACGGUGGAAUGGGCGGAUACGGUGGAAUGGGCGGAUACGGAGGAAUGGAUGGAUACGGAGGAAUGAGUGGAUACGGAGGAAUGAUGGGAGGAUACGGCGGAUAUGGAGGAUACGGCGGAUAUGGAGGAUAUUGGCCAGGAAGUAGUAAAUAUUGGUUGACAUAUGGUAGAAGAAUUGGAGGCGGGAGUUGGUUACGCCCAAAGAAAGGUAUAGUUCGAUAUAGCUUAAUAUUUAUAUUACUCGUAGGCAAAUCUGUAGCAUGA